AUGGCUGUGGUCAAAGGUGACGCGGAAGAAGCAGCCAUUGCGUCUCCAGAUUCCGCUGUUGUGAAGCUGACAGCCGAAAGCUUUGAGUCGUUUAUCAAGGAGAACCCGCUCGUUUUGGCUGAGUUCUUUGCGCCAUGGUGUGGCCACUGCAAGCGUCUUGGACCUGAGUUUAGCGCCGCUGCCGACAAGCUUGUCGAGAAAGACAUUAAGCUUGCCCAGAUUGAUUGCACACGAGAGAGAGAUCUUUGUGCGGACUAUGGUAUUCGUGGAUAUCCAACUCUCAAGGUGUUCAGAGGCAACAACUCGCCAUCUGACUACCAGGGCCAGAGAGAACAAGACGCAAUUGUCAGCUACAUGAUCAAACAAGCCCUGCCUCCGGUGUCUUUGCUUGAGGAUACGGCCGAUCUCCUGGACGCUCUUGCCGAUCUGAGCGAACCAAUGAUCUUGCAAGUUCUGCCACCUGACUCGAAGUCUUCCGGCAACGAGACGUUCCAUUUGUUGGCCAACCGUCUCAGAGACAACUUCAGGUUCGUGUCAACCUCCAACCCUGAGUAUGUCGAGAAAUACGUCAAGGAAAAAUCCACUCCAACCUACAUUGUUUUCAGACCAGGCGAAAAGACUGAGGAUGCAUCGGUUCUCUCCAACAAGACUAUAGAUGAGGAGGGAUUGCAGAGCUUCAUCAGUGUUGAGACCAAGCCUCUUUUUGGCGAGGUCACAGGUGCCACGUUCCAGGCUUACAUGGAGUCCAAGCUUCCUUUAGCAUACUUCUUCUACGAGGAGGAGGCUCAGAAGGCUGCUGUCGCAGACGAAAUCACCAAGUUGGCCAAGAAAUAUAGAGGCGAGAUCAAUUUCGCCGGACUCGAGGCCAAGAAAUACGGAAUGCACGCUAAAAACCUCAACAUGCAAGAAAAGUUCCCACUGUUUGUCAUUCACGAUCUGCAAAAAGACCUAAAGUACGGCAUCUCCCAAGAUAAGGAUCUGGAAUUCUCUGAGAUUCCUAAAUUUGUCGAAAACUUCAAGAAGGGCAAGCUGGAGCCAAUUGUCAAGAGCGAGCCUAUUCCAGAGACUCAAGAGGAGGCUGUCUACCACUUGGUCGGCUACGAGCACGACAAGAUCGUCAACCAAAAGAAGGACGUUCUGGUCGAGUACUAUGCUCCAUGGUGCGGUCACUGCAAGAGACUUGCCCCAACGUAUGAAGAGCUGGCUGCUAUCUACAAGAACGACACCGCUGCAAGUGCCAAGGUCGUGAUCGCCAAGAUUGACCACACAGCUAACGACGUUUCGGGCGUCGAGAUCACCGGAUAUCCUACCAUUUUACUUUAUCCAGCUGACGGUUCUGGUCCGGUCAGUUACGAGGGUCAAAGAACUCUCGAGUCUCUGGCUUCUUUCAUUCAGGAAAAGGGUACCUUUGGUGUUGACGGUUUGGCCAUCAGAGACGCAACGAGCGACGGAGCUGAUAAACCAGAGUCCGACACUAAGGACAGUACUCAUGAUGAGUUGUAA